UCGCGUUCUGGCGUCCGGAGGCAGGGACUCUGGGGUGGAGACUUCGGAGACUGCAGUUGCAGUUCUAAGAACAGAUGGAAUUUGCUAUGGAUAAUUCAUUUGAUUUUAAUCAACGAAGCUCAUGUAAUGGAAUUCCAUCUGAGAAGAAAAACAACUUCCUUGUGUCAGAAGAUCAUGGACAGAAAAUCCUAAGUAUACUACAGAAUUUUAGAGAACAAAAUGUCUUUUAUGAUUUUGAAAUAAUCAUGAAAGAUGAAACAAUACCAUGUCAUCGUUGUGUAUUAGCAGCAUGUAGUGACUUUUUCAGGGCUAUGUUUGAAGUAAACAUGAAAGAAAGAGAUGGUGGAAGUGUUACCAUUACUAACUUGUCCUCCAAAGCAGUAAAGGCAUUUCUUGAUUAUGCCUACACUGGAAAAGCAAAGAUAACUGAUGAUAAUGUGGAAAUGUUCUUCCAGUUGUCAUCAUUUCUUCAAGUUUCCUUCCUAUCCAAAGCUUGCAGUGACUUUCUAAUAAAAAGUAUUAAUCUUGUCAAUUGUUUACAGUUAUUAUCACUCUCAGAUAGCUAUGGCUCUCCCCAGUUGUUUGAUCAUGCAUUAUACUUUGUACAACAUCACUUUUCCUUAUUAUUUAAGUCUAGUGAUUUCUUAGAGAUGAACUUUGGAGUACUGCAAAAAUGUCUGGAAUCAGAUGAAUUAAAUGUUCCUGAAGAAGAAACUGUACUAAAAGUUGUCCUUAGUUGGACUAAACAUAACUUAGAAUCAAGACAAAAGCAUCUGCCUCAUUUGAUUCAAAAAGUAAGGCUGCAUCAGUUACCUGAGGAGACACUUCAAGACUGUCUGCUCAGUGAAGAGGGUUUACUCAAAAGCACAGGCUGCUUUGACACCAUCAUGGACGCGGUCCAGUGUGUGCAAGGUUCGGGUGGACUAUUCCCUGAUGCUCGACCCUCCACGACUGAAAAAUACAUAUUUAUUCACAAAACUGAGGAUAAUGGGGAGAAUCAAUAUACCUUUUGCUAUAAUAUUAAGAGUGAUUCGUGGAAGAUACUGCCACAGUCACACCUGAUUGACUUGCCAGGAUCCAGUCUGUCUAGUUAUGGAGAGAAAAUGUUCUUGACAGGUGGCUGCAAAGGGGCGUGUUGUAGAACCGUGAGGCUGCACAUUGCGGAGUUGUAUCACGACGCCACUGAUCAAACCUGGUGCUACUGCCCGGUCAAAAAUGAUUUCUCCUUGGUGUCAACGAUGAAGACACCAAGAACCAUGCAUACGUCAGUUAUGGCUCUCAACAGACUCUUUGUCAUAGGUGGAAAGACGAGAGGGUCUCAGGACAUUAAAAGCCUCUUAGACGUUGAAUCUUACAACCCUCUUUCCAAAGAAUGGGUGUCUGUUAGCCCUUUACCCAGAGGCAUUUACUACCCUGAAGCAAGCGCAUGCCAAAAUGUAAUUUACGUCCUUGGCUCAGAGGUAGAGAUUACAGAUGCCUUCAACCCAUCUCUUGACUGCUUUUUUAAAUACAAUGCGACCACUGAUCAGUGGUCUGAACUAGUAGCAGAGUUUGGACAGUUUUUUCAUGCAACGCUAAUUAAGGCAGUCCCGGUAAACUGCACAUUGUAUAUUUGUGACCUUUCCACCUAUAAGGUUUAUAGUUUUUGUCCAGAUACUUGUGUUUGGAAGGGUGAAGGUUCCUUUGAAUGUGCAGGCUUUAAUGCAGGUGCAGUUGGAAUUGAGGAUAAAAUUUAUAUACUAGGUGGUGAUUAUGCGCCAGAUGAAAUCACAGAUGAAGUGCAGGUCUACCACAGCAGCAGAUCUGAGUGGGAAGAAGUUUCACCUAUGCCAAGAGCCUUAACUGAAUUUUACUGCCAGGUAAUUCAGUUUAAUAAAUACAGGGACCCAUGGUUUUCUAAUCAUUUCUAAAAGUAGGGCUUACACAUUCUAAAAAUAUUCCAGUCUUAGAAACCUAUAGAAAGUUUGUUAAUCAUAAUUGUUGGUCAGAAGGCCUCUGCAUCUUAAAAUGUCUCUCUGCUAGAGAAUUACUAUCAGUGCAGUAUGCCACUUAUGAAGUAGGAGUUCCAAGAAACUUAAAAUGCAAAGUCCAUUUUAAGGAAAAUCAUAUUGCAAAAUCUUGGAGAAUAAGAAUUCUUGGUAUUUUCCUAUGUAAGCAAAACUCACAUACUUUGCUGUUUUGAGUUUUAAAGUACUUUAUCCAUGAAAGACAAGUCAAAACAAAUCAAAGUUAACAAAUAGGGGAAAUUUCUUCAGUAAAAAUGAGCUAUACUCUAUUAUAUGAAGUGAAAAUAAAUUAGAGUUGAGAAUUCUACUUUGUUACUAUAGGUAUAAGAAUUACUGAAUUCUUUCUGAUCUUUGUUUUCUUUUAAACCCUUCUUUCACCAUUUAUUUGAUCGUUUUUUUCUAAAAUGUGAUCUAUUUCCCUGAACUAAAUUACACUAAUCAUAAUCCAGCUAAGAUUCAGCUUUUCAUUAAGUGUACAGGUAUCAAGUUGCAAAGCCAUAAAGCCACUGACAAUUGCCAACAUGCUGAUUCUACUAGUUCUCGGUGUUGGUUUAUUUCAGUAUCUAGGAGAAUCAUAUUUUUCUUUAUAUGGUCUAGCUCAAGCUCAGUAAAUUAACACUCUUGAUUUCAUUAGUAGUUCUAAGCUACAUCUGACCUAAGUUUGUCUUAACAUGCAACCUGUUGAGUGAAAUUCUUAUAUUCUGGAGUGGUACCCUAAAAUACCUUUCUGUCAUUACCUGCUUCCAAUAUAGUUGAGGAUGUAUAGAAAGAUGCCCCCUAGAUAGGUGGGUCAUUAAUACCACAUUUCUCAAGCUUUUAAAUGUUCACAUUUCAGUUUCAGUAAGAAACUAGUACCCUAUCAGUGUUCUGUGAUGAGAUAUACCAACUGUAAAGAACCAUGUUAGUUUACUACGUUAGUGAAUUAUUCACAGCAAAUUCUUUUCUAAAUGUAAAAAUGUGACUGCGCUUUUGUUGUGGAUAGUGGUUUUUGCAGCCUGCAUCUCUUCAGGUGUUUCAUCACCUUUACCCUAAAUUGAUAGAAUAUUAAUCAUUAUCCUUCUCAACUAAGAUUAUCCUGCCUUGCAAGAGGGUAUGUUUCCUUAAUCAGUUUUAAAGAUAUAAACAUUAUAGGUUUUAAGACUCCUGGUUUACAUCUCAGGUAAUUUAUUGGACAUCUCUGGAAUGAAAUGUAUGUAGUUUCCCACACUCUGUGCAGUAAAUGUUAGUCUGUUGUAUAUAUUCUUUAAAAGUGUUUUUACACGGAUAUUACCUGACUAGCAUAUUGAUUUAUAUCAUCAUAAAUUUCAAACAUUUUUCAAAAUAUUAAUAGAAUAUAGUAUUAGAAUACAUUAUCAUGCAACUCCCAAAUCAAAGUCUUCCCUAAUCAGAUGAUAGUUAGUUACAAUCAGUGGCCUUCCUUUCCAGCUACCUUACCUUAGUUGACUUUUCCCUUUUCUCUGUGUGUGAGUGUAAGAGAGAGACUUUGAAAAAAAUUACUUGAAAAAAGGCCAUAAUAGAGUGACCUACAUUGAGAUUUAUGGACUUUUAAGCAUAAGUAUGUUAAAAGUAAUUAUUGUUUGAAUCACUGACUCUAGAAAUUGUUAAUUUCUUCCAGAAAGAAACUAAAGUAAAAUAGUAUCACUUUCCUCAACUUAUUUCAUUAUUGUAACAACUUGAUUCCACCACUUUCCUCAUUGUCCAUUGAUUUGUGGUAGAAUUUCUAGGAAUAUCCUUGUUUUCAAGGCCUGCCUAACUCCCUAUACAUUUGAUCUAGUAGAGCUUCUAAUUCACAAGAUUUCCUGUCUUCAUUUUAUAAUUGCUACAUGUUACUUCUUAAUAUUUUUAUUUAUUGCCAUCCUUUUCAUCCCCAUCUGAGUACUCUUCAUCAGUUAAAACUGUGAGAAAAGUGCAAUCUAAUCAUGAAACAACAAACUUUUACUAUUUCUUUUACUUGUCGCCAUAGCAACUGGUGCUGGUGUGCACUAAAUUGCAUUAAUAAUUGAUCUUGUUCUCAUUUUGCAUCAUCAUGUAAAGGUACUUUCAUUUGAUCUAAUCUGCUUUAUUGAAAAAUGAUUAUGUUCAGAAUUCUCAAUGAAUUCAACCAUAAGCACACAGUCCAGAAGUAGAGGUUAUAUUUUUCUGACCUUGCCAAUCACUGUGAUUGCAUUAUCCGUGGACCAUUAUGGGCUCACUGUCUGCUCUGGAUGUCCGUCAUGCCAGCCUCAGUGAUGUGUCGUCUAUGCUCAGUACUCCCAGGAAGAGCUGCAUUUCCUGACUGUCAGGUUAGGUAAGAGGCUAUAACAUGCCUAUCUUUAUGGCUUGGUUCCUUGGUCUUUUUUCUUUCUUUCUUUUCUUUAAAGUCUGCUUUCCUUUCAUUCCAUUAUCCUUCAUCUAGUGCUACAGGGUAAAAGGCAAAAUAAUUAUGCUUAUUAUCCACAUUGCUAUAAUUCUUGUGGAUAAAUCGUGUUUAACGUUUCUACAUUUCUAAAGUCCUUAUUAUUUGUUGUGGUCCACUAUAUUUAGAUUAUACACACAAACACACAAAAGCUACUAUUGUAAUGUCUUCUAAAAUUGAAUGUAGAUACAUGAUAUUAUUAAAUGUAAAAAUUUUAAAUCUAUCGUUUGUAUAAGAUCAAUUCCUUGAGAGAUCUUUGAAUCUUAUUUAAAAGGUAGAGCACUUUUUGUUCACUAAUAGCCUGUGAAACUAAGCAAAUUGAAAAGUAUUUGCAUAAUUAAAAUUAACUAUAUUCCCAUGUCACCUUACCCUAGUACUGAGAGGAAAGGAAGUCUUUAUUAGAGCAGUCUUUACUACAUGCAACCCUUGAAAGCUAGAAUAUUAUUUGAGAGCAACCACAUGUGAUUCCAUUUUUCCCAGCCAUCAAGAAAUGUAACUGAAUAUGUGUUCAGCAUAUCUAGCUCAAGGUAUAUGACUAAAAGUGAGAUUAUUACAAAUCGUUAGUUUACAUUUUGAUAUUUGGAAGCAAUAAAUGUAAUGAUUAAGUAUAGUUGAAUACACUGUGAAUUUUAGUUCAUCCUCAGUUUAAUUGAAACCAUUGUUUGAAAACAA